AUGGCUAACGCCCUUAAGGACCGUAACAUGAAUGAAAAUAGUUUCGUCGAACAUGAUCCCGACACCAAAACCGCCACUAUAAACUUUGUAACUGCCAAAGAAAAUUCCGAGAAUUCACCCGUAGUCGAUGAGGCUUCUGCUUCCGCGGUAAAAGAGCCAUCACAACCUUUGCCAACAGUCGACGAAGUGAUUGAACUAUUUUCUACUAAUUUUGUUUCCCCAACAACUGGAUCGUCUCGACAAAGGAGUUACAAAUCAUCACCAUUACAAUUAAAAAAAAGAGAAGAGUCACAGGAAGAAAGGCGGAUGCGAGCUCUAGAAGAUCAGAAGAAGCGACGACUAGAUUUAACUUCUCAUGCAAGAAAUCUUGCUCUCUUUAAACCAAAUGAAAUAUCGUCAGAUGAAGAUUCAGAGAUAGAAGAUCUAGUUACUGAUCACAGAGUAGAUUCUAUCAAGAUUAAUCGACCUAUAAAACGUAAAUUAGAAUACGAACAAAAUGAAAAUAUUGAUCAUAUUUUUGUUUCAUCGAAAAAACCAAGACACAAAGGAAAAUUUAGGGCCUCUGCUCGCAGACUUAAAAAAAAUCCCUACAGUAAUCAAAUUAUGCACGCUGAACAAAUGUCCGAGAUCCCCUUCGAUCUAGAGGAAAACUGGUUUGAAUCACCUCUACCUGCAGGUUCUAGUUCUUAUAAAGGAAACAAAACAACCGAUUAUUGUAUUCUGGACUGCAUUUACGACCAAACAACAUUCACUUAUUAUGUGUUAGACAUGAUGUGCUGGAAGGGACACCCAAUUUAUGAUUGUGAUACAGAGUUUAGAUUGUAUUGGCUAAAUACAAAACUCGCUGAAAUGGAUGCUCCAUCCCAGAACACAUCAACUUAUACAUUUACUCCACUCACCGCUUAUACUUGUGACAUUGAACAACUCUCUUCAUUGAUCCCAAUUCCUGAUACUUUUGGUUUCCGUCCUGACGGAUUAUUAUUCUUCAACAAACAUACACAGUAUGUUCUUGGAGACACUCCUCUCUGUGGUUGGGUGGGUGUGGAAAAUGUUGAAGAAAUUUUCGGACCUUUAUUCCAGCAAGAAUAA